AUGAAACGAAUAAAAGCAUACGACGAGCUAAAAACUGAGCGAGUUUUGAAAAAACAUAAGGCCGAGACCUUGCAAAAUGCGAGCGACCAAGUCUUGGAUUUUCAAGAAAAAUUAACUGGAGAAAUGAGAAAGGAGCCUUUAUUGGAAUCUACAGUUGUACUUGAUGAGGGUAAUGACGGACAAAGUGUAAAGGACUAUUAUGAACCAUCAGGUUCUGUUAAUGAAAGGAAGAUAACCAAUCCAUUGUUUUCGGACGAUGAGGGACAGAUGACUCGUUAUAAAGAAGCGAAGAAAAAGAAAUUAUCAUUCUGGAAUAAGGGGAAUAUAUUGCCUGACGCUCAAAAAUUUGGAUUUUGCCUUCGGGUCAGAAUGUUGGUGACAUCUAUGCUAAAAAGAUAUCUGAAAAUGCAAGAGAUAUCAAAAUUAACAGCCAUUGGAAAAGCCAUAUUGCGCUAUGGUGCAUCAAAUAUAAUUGAUUUAUCUGCUCACAUGAAGAGUUGGUUUUGUGUCGAUGAUAAGAAGUUCAUUGUGAAAAAUUACGAAUCUAUGUUACGAAUUCCUGAACUGGCAGUCGAAGAGAAAUCAUUUGUUUUGAAAAUCGAGAAUAUGGUACAUGAAGGGAAAGUGGAUCAGGCGUAUAAAUACUGUAUGGAAAUUCAUAUUAAGUCAGAAGAAAACAGCUAUUUAUAUAAGAUCAGCAAAAUAUACGGUGACUUCAUUUACAAAAGCAAGAACCAAGUGGAUGUCUUGGAUUUUGAUUCAAAAAGUACACACACUGAAAUCGACGUGAUUUUAAAAGCUUGCACAUAUAUUGUAGAGGGAUUGAGCAAAAAUCUCAAAAUAUAUUCGAGAUGGAGUGUGGACCAUAAGAAUGGACGUAAAUGUGAUGUUCGAUUUUUAUCAAUUUCAGGAGUAGAUCUUGGAGAGUGGGAGUAUUCCGUAAAGGCUGUUGCAACUAAGACCAUUGGUGAUAGAUGCCGUUCCGCUCGAAUCAAUCAAUCAAUUUUAAACGGAUUACUACAAUAUAAUCUCAAUGAUGAACAAGUUAAGGGCAUCCAAGUGCCUUUUUUGCAGUUUGGUGGCACAAGCGGACAAUUGUUAAUUGAAGAUCUAAUGGAAGGCUUUUACAUUGUCUUUCCCGGACCCAGGUUCGAAUUACCUACAAAACUUCGGGAUAUUGGAAAACUGAAGACUUCUAUCAAUGUCAUCAAGUCAGUCAUGGAUAUGUAUAAAAAAACAUGCGAGACCAUAGAAAAUUUAGAAACAACGCGUCAUGAAUUUGAUGAUAUUUUCAGUGAAGAUGAUAUAGUUGAUACAACCAAACCCACUCAUUUUAAAUACACAGAUAUUUGUAAACCGUGGUGGACUCCGAAAAGUAAAAAGUCAAAAUAG